GUUGCUUGUUCUGUGGAUCUUCCUCGUUUGCUUGUCUGGGGCUGCUGUGACCUUAGUUGUUACACCCUGGGCCUGGAGUGGAGGUAAUUCUUACAUAAGCCAGAUCAGUUCCUUCCUUUCAUCCACCUCAUCAGACUCAAGACAACCUGCACCUUGACCCUACCAACUUCUCACUCAUCAUGGUCAACAAGAACAUCAGCAACAACUCAUCCAAGCCCAGCCCAACAACAUGGCGACAAUUUAACUUCUUCAACUCAUACCCACUCCAUUCAUCAUCCGACCUAGCAAACCCACCCGACCUGCUCACUCAACCCCAGUCAAUAGCCACCAUCCAGCCUGGCUUUGGCUCGACCAUCCUUGCCCAUCUCGAUGGAAGGAUCUCCUUACUCGACCCUUCACUCGAUCUACUCCGAUCCUGGUCAGCCUUCCCCGGUGGUAGAACCCUGCUCGUGAAACCCACCUCGAUCAAGGGUGUACUCAUCUCAAUAGGCGAAGAAGCCGGUAAUAGCAUCCCGAUCCUCAAGAUCUGGAACUUACGUCAUGAGGAUAAGCAAUCCUCUGCACCUCAACUACUCGGUUUCUCGAAAAUUCAAAACGGGAACCGUCCUCAUCCAGUCACCACUUUGGCGCUCUCUCUCAACCUGUCUUACCUUGCCGUUGGGUUGGCCGAUGGUACAGUCCUCCUCUAUCGACAUCUCGAUCAAGCACUCGUCUCUGCUGCUUCCGUCACGCACAUCAGUCGCCCCCCUCCCCUACUACCCAAACCAAAGAUAAUUUAUACUUCCCCAGAACCGAUCACCGGUUUGGCCUUCCGAUCACCCAAGCCAAGCUCGAAUCAAUCAUAUUUCUCGAACGCAGACUCAUCAGACCUCGAUCCGAAACCUUCGAGCACGCACCGGCAUACAUGUCUUUUCAUCGUCACUACCGCCAAGGUGCUUUGCUUUUUCACCUCUGGCCGUGGAGCUGGUUCGGGUGCAGAGCCGAUCGUGAUGGAUGAUCUGGGCGGCUCGAUUGGCUGUAGCGAGAUGAUGGAGAACGGGGACCUCAUCUUGGCGGAUGAGUCUGCCCUGUACGUCUAUGGCCCUGAGGGGCGAGGGGCCUGUUUGGCAUACGAAGGCCCCAAGGCGAGGCUCAACAGUUGGGGGAACUACCUCGUGAUUACCUCCCCUCCAAGCUCUACUGGCCUCAAAAACGAACUCGAACAGACUCGAGUCAUCGUCUUUGAUCUUCAAAAUCGCUUUAUCGCUUUCAACUCUCUCUUCCGAGGUACCGUCUUACAUGUAUGGGCCGAGUGGGGUGAACUUUAUGUCCUAACCUCAUCAGCUGAGGUCACCAGACUAGUGGAGAGACCCCUAACAGAAAAACUGUCAAUACUCUACGAUAAGGAUAUGUAUGUCCUGGCAACUAAUGUAGCCAAGUCAAGCGAAGCGGAUCCUAGCGAAUUAUCGGAAAUUUAUCGAAGGUUUGGAGAUUAUCUGUAUCAAAAAUCUGAUUUCGAAGGAGCUGUUCAACAGUAUAUCAAUACUAUUGGGACUGUCCAGCCUAGCAUUGUGGUCCGAAAAUUCUUGGAUGCUCAAAGGAUAUCAAACUUGACGUCUUACUUGCAAGAAUUGCACGCAAGAGGGAUAGCUAACGCGGAUCACACGACUCUACUGCUCAAUUGCUAUACCAAGCUGAAAGAUCACGCGAAGCUUAAUGAUUUCAUCAAAGCAAACGAACGUGCCUCUAGGGACAGUGGCGACCCGCUACCGUUUGAUCUGGAAACGGCCAUUCGAGUUUGUCGCCAGGCAGGCUACUUCGAACCUGCACUCUAUCUGGCUAAACAGUAUCGUCAGGAUGAGGAAUAUUUGAGGAUCCAAGUCGAGGAUCGUGGGGAAUGGCUUGAUGCUGUGAAUUUCAUGAGAUCUUUGGGGCAUGUUGGUGCCGAAGAAAAUCUACUCAGAUACGGAAAGGCGCUUUUAGCUAAUCUACCCGAAGAGACUACCGAUCUGAUGAUUGAUGUGUGUUCGGGGGUGAAGCUCGAGUCCGAUGAAGAACCCUUGCCAGGAUCCCCAGCGCCUUCGACUAAUAGAGGCCGUCCCUCGUCAUCGCGAGCGUAUCUACCCUCUCGUCCAGGCUCGAUGGCCACGCCAACCGUGAUGAGUCCGACAUCAGUCCAAGCCGAGAAACCGGAACCCAAGAGCUUGCCUUCGAUCCGAGAGUUUUUCGCGUUCUUUAUCGACCAACCGCAAUGCUUUAUACGGUUUCUAGAAACGAUCGCCUGGAGGAGAUGGAAUGAACAGAUGUGGGAAAAGGAUGAAGUGCCGGAUGAUGAGCGGCCUGAUAGCUUCGUCCAAGUCCCUUCGGUGAAGAAGAUGCGGGCCGCAGAUAAGAAAGAGCCUGUGGCAACCGAGCCGAUCGUCGGGCCGUCUGACGAAGAAGAUCGAGAAGCAGUAUGGGGCACUCUAUUAGAGCUAUAUCUUCAAACCUCUGCAGAAGCGGGAGACGGGCGAAGCGAGAUGAGGAGUCGGGCGUUGAGUCUGUUGAGGAAGGGUGCGGAAGGGAGCAAGCUACGAUAUGAGCCCACCCAGGCUUUGAUCGUCUGUCUGACACACGACUUCGUGCCCGGGAUCGUGCUCCUCUACGACCGGCUCGGGAUGGUCGAGGAUGUCUUGAGGUUCUGGAUCGAGCGGGCCCAGAGCGAUGAUCUUGUUGAGGCGCAAGAGGCGAAGACUAGGAUCUUUGAGAACUUGGAUAAGUAUGGCGAAAUGCAUCCCGAGCUUUAUCCUAUCGUCUUGCGCUACUUCGCUUCCGCUGGUCAUCUGCAAUCUGAGACCUCUCAUCAGUCAGUCGAUGAUCUUGAUCAUCAUCAUUUGGAUGGGCUUCAAAAAGCUUUGGAUGAAAUCGAUAGGCGAAAGAUCUUGUCUCCCAUCGAAGUUAUCGAAAUUCUCUCCAAACCCGGCUCCGCAGCUACCAUCGGAACUGUCAAAAAAUAUCUGUUAAAUCAAGUCUUGAAUCAAAAGCAUCAGAUGAAUUCUGAUUUGGAUUUGAUAAAUUCAUAUCGGAAAGAGAUUCACAAGAAACGGAACGAAAUCACCGACCUGGUCGACAAACCGAAGAUCUUCAACUUGAAUAAUAAGUGUGCUAGUUGUUUUACGGCGUUGGACUUACCGGUCGUUCAUUUUAUGUGUCAACAUUCUUAUCAUCAACGAUGUUUAGGAGACCAAGAAUCGUGUCUGAAAUGUCUAACGAAGAGCGAAGAAGGAAAGCCAACGACGACAAGGAUUGGAGGAGGUGGGGAGCAUGACGAAGCGAUGAAAGAGAUGAUGGGGUUAAUCAGACGCAACAAGACCUUUGUCGACCCCGCGCCCCAUGCAGUCUCUCAGCCUCAGCAACAACAACAACAGAAAGGCGGGCUUUCGGAUCUGGCCAAUCGGGCCGAUGAACAUCGGUUCUUCGUCGAUGAGGUUCGCGAGGCUGAUGAUCCUUUCGGGUAUAUCGCCAGCUCAUUCUCGAAAGGGAUGUUGUAAACUUGAGCAUCUAUUUUUUCUUCUACACCAAAAAAAAAUUAUGAUUAAGAUGUCAUUUUCCUUCCUUGACUUUUUUUUUCUCUUUUUCUGAUUUAAAUUAAAGCUUUUUUUUUGUAUCAUGUAGAACUUGAUUUAUUUAUCGAUGUUGGUCUCCUUUAUAAAUGACACACA